AUGGAUAAGCGUAAAGGAGCAAUACCAAAAGCAACCAGAUCUACAUUUACGAUUCCUCCUUUUGCUGGUCGCUCUGGCAAAACAUCAAGAAGUCCACCAACAACAAGUCAGACAGCAAACACAACAUCCGUCGCAGCUGAUGAGUCAAUGUAUCAGUGUGACGUGUGCAAUAUCACCGAUAAAGGCGACAAAGUUUGCUGUGACUCGUGUACCUUAUGGUCACACUUUGCUUGUGUCAACGUAACCAGUGAUAUUGCCAAUCAUGAGUGGUUUUGUGGGAAGUGCCAACAAAAUAAGCAAGAGCCACUCAUCGCCUUGACUAGUGAAACGGAAGUUGCUGCCCCAAGCAACACAGAAUAUACUGCAAAUCCUCCGAACGUGACAUAUGCACAAAUUCCAGCAACGGACGUAGUUAAUCCUACCUUGCCACAACCGAGUCAGACAGUGGCUAACGAGCAAAUACAAAACAUCGAAACUCCUCUAACGCCUCCAAAAAUCAACGUCGAUCCAAAUCGUGCCCGUUCUUAUAGAUCGAAGUCGUCUACAUCAUCAGCUCGCAGAAAAGAUCUAGCGCUGCAACGCCUAGAAGAAGAGCGAAAAUUGGAUCAAGAGUUGGAACGAGAGGAGAUGGAAAGACGUGCAGAAGAUCGGAAACGGCGUGAACUGAAGAACAAGCAGUUUCUGGACAAGAAGUAUUCCAUUUUGGAACAGGAUUCGGACGAUUCCUUAAGUUACGAUGGGUUCGACGACUUGUUAGGUGAAGAUCAGAACGAAAACAUCCAGCGCUGGAGACAAAACGUUCCGUUUAUGGGCAUUAAUGCUAACGAAAACCGGGAUGAUCCUUAUCCUGCGAUUGGGCAGUCAAAAAAUUUACCUGACAUGAACAGUACGAACAUCGUUAAGGAAACGAAAGAUCAAAUUGCUAAUCCUAUGGACGAUCCAGUACCAACCAUCGAGGAUAUUGGAAGCGAUUCGGCAAUCGGCACUAGUGGCAACAGUCCCACAAAUUUGAACACUCAAAGAACACAUCCGAACAUCAACGUUCAAUCUACACAGCAGAACACCGUUACGAUACCGAAAGUAACGCAGAACGAUCCGCCCAAGUCAACGUUUCAAGUCAACACUCAACCAAAUUCGAGUAAGAACCAGUCCGUGCCUUCAAGUGCCAAUCAACCUCCGAACAGUCCAGUGCAAAAUCAAACAGUGGUUACGAAUCAGCCACCGACUUGUACAGCAAAUUUUAUUAGUCAAGCUCAACCAGUAGCAUCGAAUAGUGUUCAGUUGACCAAUCAACAACAGUCGUUUGCGUCGAACUCUCAUUCAACAGGCGUAAUGUCAGCGCCAACUAACAACCAAACGGUCAUUAACACCACAGAUGUGGCAUCGAAUGUUUCAAAUGCAGCUACAAAGCAAAUGAAUACAUCAAAUACGUUGACCCACCAGCCCAUAAUGUCCAGCAAUUUUCAAACUGGCACGGGAUACAUACAUCCGUUGUCAAAUCAACCACUACCAGUUGUCUAUCAGCCAUAUACAUCGAAUCCGCAUGUAACUCAUCCAGUGUACCAGCCAGUCUACUAUAAUCAACAUUUGGUUACGUCAGCGAGUACAACGCAACAACCUGGAAUUGCUCAGGCUGCUUCUAUGAAUAAUUCACCAGUACCAGACGCUGGCUAUCAAUCCAACCAAAGAUUUACUUACCCUGGCGCGAUGAAUCUCCCUUACGCUCCACACUACUACACAGCAGCUGCAGCGCCAAAUUCACAAAUGAUUCAAAAUCCCGGUGGCGUCAGACAAUUAACUGCAGAACAAAUCGCUUCUCGUCAAGUCGUACCGAGAGACUUACCGAUAUUUUAUGGUGAUGCAGAGGACUGGACUAAGUUCUUCAGUGCCUAUCAAAAUUCCACUACUGUAUGUGGUUACAACAAUAGUGAAAACCUCGGUCGUUUACAGAAAGCUUUAAAAGGAGAUGCUGAGGAAGCUGUUCGCAGCCUGUUAGUACACGCUGAUGCGGUACCUGAGAUUAUUCGUACACUGUUCUCAUUGUUUGGUCGGCCUGAAAUAAUUAUCGACAAAAUGAUUACCGAUAUUCAUAAGGAACAGGCACCGAAAGAUGAUGAUUUGGCAUCAAUCCUGAAAUUUGCGAUCAAAGUGAAGAACCUAAGUCAUUCGAUUCGCAAUACUGGCGUUAUGGAACAUUUACGAAAUCCAACUUUGAUCAAUGCAAUCACUGACAAGCUUCCAGCACAAAUGCAAUUGAGGUGGGCUUAUCACAAGCAAGCUGUAGGUUAUACUGACCUUGGGGUUCUUGGAGACUGGCUGAGCCAGAUCGCCGAAGCGGCUAGUCUUGUAGUACGAAGAAGCAUCAAAACCAGUUCGAAGAAAAAAGAACAACAAAAAGAUCAGCAAAGUUCAGCUAAACCAAAUCCAAGUUCAACGAAGCCAAAUACAUACGUCAACACACAAGUCGAGAACACAUCAGAGAAAUCGAAUUACCAGUCAGCCACAAAGUUCAAAACGUGUCCUGCUUGUAACAAUAGUUCCUGCUCGAAGCUCUCUACUUGCAACAAAUUCAAGGAGAUGAAUCGUAGCGAUAAAUCGCUCAUAAAUUCAGCACAAAAUGCAAGUCACACAAACAACACCGUAUCCAGACCGAACGACCGUAUCGAUAUAUUUCGUAUAGUUCCAAUUACCGUGUUCGGCAAACAAACAUUUAUUCAUACGUUCGCAUAUCUGGACGAUGGAUCAAAUAUGACUACAAUGGAAGCUAGUCUAUCCAAUGAAUUGAAUUUAAAGGGCACGUCAGCUCCAAUUUGUGUAGAUUGGGCAUUCGGGUACACCCAUUCAGUGGAAUCAAAAACAGUUUCGGUGCGAAUCUCUGGACGUUUUAAUGGAUCCGAACAGUAUGAAUUGGAUAAUGUGCGAACAGUUAAGGAACUACAUUUGCCGACACAGUCGAUUUCACAACAGUGGCUUGAUCAGUAUAAACAUCUUCGUGGCCUUCCAAUAACUACAUACGAGUCGGUAAAACCGAGGAUGUUAAUUGGCCUACAGUAUUCCCGUUUAACUGUUUCGCUAAAAACGAUCGAAGGAAAUGUAAAGGAACCAUUGGCGUGCAAAACUCGAUUAGGUUGGGUAGUUCAAGGCCCGAGCUACGACCAAAACAACCAACUGGAACGCAAGUAUAGCAUGAACAUGUGUGAAUGCCAGUCUCAUGACAUCAAAUUGCAUCAGUUGGUAAAAGAAUAUUUCUUAAACGAAAACUUGGAUGUGAAAAUCCCGAACGCUGUGCUGGAAUCGAACGAAAUACAAAGAGCGAAGCAGAUCAUGGAAGCAACCACAUCGAAAAAAGAUGGUCGAUAUGAAACCGGACUGCUGUGGAAAUAUGAUCGAAUUGAACUUCCCGACAGUUACCCAAUGGCGUUAAAAAGACUGCAAUGUCUAGAGUCUAAAAUGUCGAAAAAUCCACAACUCGCGGACAAUCUACGAAAUCAGUUCCGGCAGUUUGUGGACAAAGGAUACAUCAGGAAAUUGACACCAGAAGAACUUGAAACGAAAAGCGAUUCACCAACUUGGUACUUACCAACAUUCCCAGCAUUCAACCCUAAGAAACCGGAGAAAGUUCGAAUUGUUUGGGAUGGCGCAGCCAAAGUGAUGAAAAUUUCUCUGAACUCCGUGCUACUAACUGGACCAGAUCAACUCAUACCGUUGCCCGAUAUACUUCGCAGAUUUCGGGAACGACUUAUAGCCAUGAUUGGUGAUAUAAAGGAAAUGUAUCACCAGAUCAAAGUAAUUAAAGCUGAUCAGAAUGCUCAACGAUUCUUAUGGAGAGAUGGUGAUUCAUCAAGGAAACCUGACGUAUAUGUAAUGCUGGUUGUAUCGUUCGGCUUAACAUGUUCACCAAGUCAAGCCCAAUUCAUAAAGAACAAAAACGCACUCGAAUUUAUCAAAGAAUUCCCGGAAGCAGUCAACACUAUCAUCAACAAUCACUACGUGGAUGACAUGCUCGACAGCGAACACACUGUUGAUGCUGCCGAAAAACGAAUAAAAGAGGUCAAAUUCAUUCAUCAAGAAGGUGGCUUCGAAAUUCGCAAUUUCAUCUCUAAUUCGAAGGAACUUCUACGAAGAAUCGGAGAGAAUACCGAAUCGGAGAACAGAAAUAUGAACAUCAGCGUCGAACUUGGUACCGAACGCGUUCUUGGCAUGUUUUGGAACAUGGAAACCGAUUGCUUUACGUUCUCAUUGAAAUUCACAAGAAUCAACGAGAAUAUUCUGUUUGGAAAACAGUGCCCAACCAAACGAGAAGUUUUACGCACCUUGAUGUCCGUGUUCGAUCCGCUUGGAUUGUUGGCUAAUUAUUUGAUUCACAUCAAAAUCCUAAUACAACACAUAUGGCGAAGCAACGUGGAUUGGGACGAAGAAGUAACUCCGUCGAUUUUCAAUAAAUGGUUGGCAUGGAUCAAAACAUUACCGAGCGUUGAAAAUAUCCAAAUUCCCAGACUAUACUCGCCAAAGUUAUCUCCAAAUGCGCCAAAUUCAAUCCAGCUACACAUCUUCGUUGAUGCAAGCGAAGAAGCCUAUGCCACAGCAAUAUAUCUUCGAAUCGAAGACGACGAUGGUAUCGAUUGUUGUUUAGUCGGUGCUAAAACCAAGGUGGCACCAAAUAAACCAACUUCAACACCUCGAUUGGAGCUACAAGGUGCGGUGCUAGGAACUCGCUUGGCAAGCAGUAUCAAGUCCAGUCAAACGUUGAAGUUCGAUAAGCAAGUUUUCUGGACCGACUCUCAAAACGUAAUGGGGUGGGUUAACUCCGAAGCUAGAAAGUACAAGCAGUUCGUGGCAUUUCGAAUAUGUGAAAUUCUGGAGUCAUCAGAUCAAAACGAAUGGCGAUGGAUUCCGUCCGAACAUAAUGUCGCUGAUGAGGCAACUAAAUCAAAAGAGAUCGCAAGAUUGGAUUCGUCAUCUCGUUGGUACAAGGCUCCAGAGUUCCUGUACGACAAAGAAGAAGAUUGGUUCAAAGACCAAGGCGAUAUCGAAUAUUUUACCGAAAACGAAGUGAGACCAAGCUUUUCAAUGGCUUGUCGUGAAAUCAUUCGACCGCAAAUCAUCGACAUUGAAAGGUUCUCUCAAUGGAAUCGGCUUGUUAGAGCUCAAGCAUAUGCUCUCAGAUUCAUUUUCAAUGUUCGCCAUUCACAACAAGAACGUCAAUUCGGGCCGCUGGUACAACAGGAAAUCCUCGAUGCCGAAAAUCACUUGUAUCGUCGUGCACAGUCAGAUUGUUUUCUAGACGAGAUAGUGGUAAUGAAGCACAAUCAAAAUAGACCGCUAAAAGAGCAAAAAGACUUCGAAAAGUCUAGUAUUCUACGCACUUAUUCACCAUACAUCGACGAAGACGGUGUUAUUCGAAUGCGUGGAAGAAGCGAUGCAGCCACCGUUUUAUCGCACGACACGAAACGUCCAAUCAUCCUUCCAAGACGUCAUCGGAUUACUCGUCUCAUUGUGGAUUAUUAUCAUCGACGUUACAAACACAUCAACCAUUCUACUGUCCUCAAUGAAAUCCAACAGAAAUUCAUUAUACCGGCUCUUCGUGUGGUCCUGAAAAGCAUUAGAACAUCAUGCCAAAAAUGCAAAAAUUUAUCGGCAGAACCGAAGAUUCCCGAGAUGGCCGAGCUUCCUCCUGGGCGAUUAGCGGCGUAUACUUUACCAUUUACUUUCGUCGGAAUAGACUUUUUUGGCCCGAUAAGAGUUAGAAACGGAAGAAAAACGCGAAACCGUCCAGUGAUCAUGGAAAAAAGAUGGGUUCUAUUGUUCACUUGCUUAACGACACGAGCCAUUUGGAUGGAGAUCACUCAUUCACUUGAAACGAAUUCCUGCGUUAUGGCCAUCGACAACUUCAUUUCGAGGAAAGGCCAGCCGAAGAGAGUCUUCUGCGACAAUGGUACGUCGUUUCACGGUUCGGAAAAGGAGCUACGUGACGAAUUCAGUAAAAUAAACCAAAGGGACUUGGCAGAAAGAUUCACUAGUUCUGAGAUGGAAUUCAGAUUCAAUCCACCGGCUACUCCACACAUGGGUGGAGUAUGGGAACGUCUCAUUCGCACAGUCAAAUCAUGCCUUAAACAAACAAUGCUAACCAGAUGUCCUAACGACGAAAUGUUAAAAAAUCUAAUCGUGUCGGCUGAGAAUAUCGUCAAUUCAAGACCGCUGACUUACGUGGCAUUGGAAUCGGCUGAUGAAGAAGCAUUAACCCCGAACCAUAUCUUGCUUGGAUCUUCGAAUGGAAGAAAACCGUUGGGAGAGUUCCCCGACAAAGACUUAGCAAGAAACACCUACAAAGCCGUACAAAUUCUUGCGAAUAAUAUUUGGCGGCGAUUCGUCUUGGAGUACAUGCCAACACUCACCAAAAGAACAAAAUGGUUCAAGCAAAUGGAGCCGAUCAAAGUCGGUGACGUCGUGAUAGUAGUCGACGAACGGAACGAGCGUAAUACAUGGCCAAAGGGAAUCGUCGAGAAACUUAUGCCUGACAAAAGAGGAAUUGUGCGGCAAGUUAUGGUGCGAACAGCUAAAGGAAUUCGACGACGAUCUGUUGGGAAGCUAGCCGUUUUGGAUGUGAAACCGCCCAUGGAAGAUGUCAAUCAGGACUCAAUGGUGUCGAUUCACGGAGAGGGGAAUGUUGGGCAGCAACACAUGACCGGCAACACUGAUCUACAUCCAUUUCAUUCAGCAACAGGAUUGCCUGAUUCUGCUGUAAAUUAGUGACAGUCGUGGUACCGGAAAAACAUUUGUUCUUUUGAUUUCAUUAGAAAACGGCCAAGUGAUUCAAAGCUCGAAGUAAAUUUAAUUUAAUCGUAAAAUCGAUCCGUUCAAAUCGAUCAAUUAUUUCUUUUAAUCGAAGUACGUAGUGUGUUGUGUUGUGAGAUAACGAUUGUUGCUAGCGGAGUUUGCCAAGGAGGUAAAAAUUGAUUUUUUCGUGAAGCACCAAGUGUGCAGGUUUUCAUUUGCAGUUUGAUUGAUUUACAGGCGAAACGUUCGCGGAACAUUAUAAUUACACGAAUCAACAGCCUGUGUUGUAAGCUGUCGAAUCGUGAACUGUAAGGAAUUUGUAAAAAUUAUUGAAAUUGAUCAGGAAUUAAUUGAGGUUAUGUUUAGUUAUAGUUACAUCGCUCAUACACACACACGCACGCGCAUUGAUCUGAAUUGUUAUUUAUCGGCAAAGGAAUGCUAAACAAAUUUGAAGUGUUUGAUUAAAGAGUUGAAAUCAAGACGUGACGUUUCCUUUAACUCAACGACACUCACAAAUUUAAAAUCCAGCCGACAAGAAGUUGCAUUUAGCACCAAUAAGUGCCCGUUCGCAACAAUUACGUUGUAACUGAUUCCCGAAUCUUGUUUUUCUUUCCAACGAUAGACGAGUAAAAAAGACGCAGGUUUUGUUUUGAUAUUGUCUAAGACGAAACCAUUUUGGUGUCCUAUGGUCGGCGAGAUGGUCGGUGUCGUUGUCGGAUUUUAUCACCCGGACUAACCGACUAUUACAGUUGAUCACGUGAAAUAGAACAUUAUCGGAUGUCAACAGCCUCUUUAUGACAAUAGUCUCGCUAUUAUGCAUUCAUUCAGCGGAUGAACUGCUCCGACUAAUUUCGGUCGGUUGAUUAUCUAAUUAUGCUAAUAUUGAAAUGAAAUUUAAGUGGACUGUU